GUCCUUCAGACACACAUGAAUUCCAGGCAGAAACCAGACAGUUGCUGGACAUUGUUGCCAAGUCGCUCUACUCGGAGAAAGAGGUGUUUAUCCGAGAGCUUAUAUCAAAUGCAAGUGAUGCCCUAGAAAAGCUUCGCUACUAUGAACUCACUGGUUCAGAGGUAGAGGACAGAGAUCUGCCCUUGGAGAUACAUAUUGCAACAAAUGAUGACAAGAAGACAUUCACUAUUCAGGACACCGGCAUAGGCUUGACUAAAGAAGAACUGGUCGACAACUUGGGCACCAUUGCUAAAUCUGGAUCUAAAGCUUUCUUGGAGCAGCUGGCAGAGAAAAGUAGUAAAGGGGAUAUCAGUAGCAACUUGAUUGGCCAGUUUGGUGUUGGCUUUUAUUCGACGUUUAUGGUGGGUGAUAAAGUAGAUGUGUAUACCAAGUCGUACAAGCCAGGAUCUCCAGCAUACAAGUGGUCAUCUGAUGGGUCAGGGAAGUACGAGAUUUCUGAAGCCGAGGGAGUUCAGAGAGGCACCAAAAUUGUCAUACACCUCAAAGGUGAUGCUUACAACUUUGCUAAGGAGGAGGUCAUCAAAGAGGUUGUGAAGAAAUACAGCAACUUUGUUGGUGUUCCCAUCUACUUAAAUGGGAAGAAGGCAAAUAUUGUGCAGGCUUUGUGGACCAUGGACCCAAAAGAUGUGACACCAGAAAUGCAUGAAGAGUUCUAUAGAUUUAUCGGUAAUGUUUACGACAAGCCCCGCUACCACCUUCAUUACAAGACAGAUGCGCCGCUGAACAUCAGAGCACUGUUCUAUGUGCCAGAGUACAAACCAACAAUGUUUGACAUGAGCAGGGAGACAGACGUUGGUGUAGCUCUCUAUAGCAGGAAAGUACUAAUCAUGGCUAAAGCCAACCACGUCUUACCCAAAUGGUUGCGAUUCAUCAAAGGAGUUGUGGACAGCGAAGACAUUCCAUUAAACUUAAGCAGAGAACUGCUGCAGGACAGUCAGCUCAUCAGGAAGCUUCGUCAAGUUUUGACUGCCAGGAUUCUCAAAUUCUUCACAGAACAAGCCAAGAAGGACAGCGAGACAUAUAAGAAAUUCUACGAGGACUAUGGAUUAUUUUUUCGAGAAGGCAUUGUCACCACCACUGAACAGGAUCUCAGGGAAGACAUUGCCAAAUUGCUGAGAUUUGAGUCUUCUAAACUGAACCCAGGGGAGCUAACCAGUCUGGAGGAAUAUGCUCAGAGAAUGAGAGCAGGGGAGAGAAACAUUUAUUUUCUCUCUUCCCCAAGCCGUCAGUUGGCUGAGACGUCUCCCUACUUUGAAGCCCUCAAAGAGAAAGACAUUGAAGUGCUGUUCCUGUACGAACCCUAUGAUGAGCUGGUGUUGAUGAACCUCGGGCAGUUCGAUCGCAAGAACCUGAAAUCUGUGGAGAGUGAGCUCUAUGACAAUAAGGAAGACACAGAUGCGGUUGAUGAGAAAGAUGAGAAGAGUCUCAAACAGAACGAAGCUGAUGAUCUGAAAGUCUGGCUGAAGUCUGUUUUGUUGAAUAAAGUCAACAACAUUAAG